AUGGGAAAGAAGAAACCAGAUAGUUUCUUAAGUUAGAUGUCUAAAUUGUUUAAUGGUGAGAAAAUCAUCAAAUUAACUAUCAAGAGAAAUUUGAAAGAGCAAUAUCCACAACUUCGCAAGAGAUUAAGAAGAAAAUAGAAGUAACAAUUGUUGGGCGAAAUCAAAUAAGCUAACGAUGUGAAUGAAAUCAUCAUUAGAUCGUAGACUCAAAAACUAACAAUUUCUACAUCUUCAAAUAAAUAAUAAAUCAAUAAAUUUGCCGAUUCAUUAUCAAACAUCUAUCGCUUAUAUUGUCAUGAUCAGUAGAAAUAAAUUAAAAAAAAACCUGUUUUAUUGCCCACACAACCCAAUGCGAAAUCGAAAACUUAGUAGAGAUUAAAAGCCAAAAAAUUGAGAAACAAAGAAAGACGCUAAAAAAGACACUAACUAUAGAAAUUGAAGAAGAAGGAUUUGCAAAGGCAAAAAACAUUUGCAAGCAAAAAAAGAGAAGAUCAAUAAUAAUGAUAUAUGUAUACGAUUUAGUACGUGUUAAAUUAAUAUUGUAA